AUGAUACAGAUGGCAUUUGAAGACUCAGAGGACAAUUGGACGGAUGCAUUGCCGGUAUGCAAAGAGUCUGGAGUAGGAUUUUCCACUAACCAGAUCUACAGGGAAGAUGGUUAUCGCCAAGAAGAUCAUCCAUUUGAAGACAGGUGCUUUCAUUGCAAAUACGACGAGUCGACGUUUGUCUACGGAAUAUUUGACGGGCAUGAAAGCUCCAGGGCUGCUAAUUUUGCUCUGCAGAGGAUGGCCGCUGAGAUACUGUUGGGACAACUCAAUGGCAAGAGCACUAAUGAAGAAGUCAAAGAAGUUCUCAGACAGGCAUUUAUUUCAGUGGAGCGAGGAUACUUUGAUUCAAUCGGAGAUCUACUGGCAGAGCGCACUAGCUUAAAAUUUGACAUCCCAGAAGAACUUAAUUCCUAUGAAGCUUAUCAGAAGUUUCCGGAUCUGGUGAACAAACUGAACAAGUUAAACCGCGAACUGGCUGCUGGAACAAGCGCAAUUGUCGCUCUAGUCUUUCGUAAUAAUUUAUACGUGGCUAAUGUUGGAGAUAGUCGGGCUCUGCUUUGUAAAACUGACAGUAAUCAAGUGCUGAGGGUUGUUCAGUUGAGUUCUCACCUGGGUAACCAAGAAAACACAAGGUGCCUUGGAAAUUAUUUAGUCAAAGGGGGAUACAAAGAAUUUGAAGAGCUAGCAGCGUCAACGUCAGAGCCAAUAAUAGCAGAGCCAGAAAUUCAUGGUGGUAUUGACCUGGAUGACUCGUGUAGAUUUCUUCUCUUAAUGUCCCGAGGGUUGUACAAGUCUUUGGAAGAAGCUACGGGUACUGACCAGGUCAAUAAAGAACUAGCUUUGAUGGUAGUCGAGCAGUUCCGAAUUCAGUCCACUCUGACAGGAGUUGCUCAGGCAGUUGUGGACAAAGUGGUGAGGAUUCACCAUGAUAUGAACAUGAGUAACUCGCAAAAUUCUUCUAAAAGUGGUAAGCGAGAGGAUAUUACACUCUUGGUGAGGAAUUUUAAUUUUCCACUGCCGAAUGCUUUAAAAAAUCCCAGUGGUCAGUCGGUUCACUUCAACCCGAUUGUCCAGACUGCUGUUACAAGUGUCCAAGAAGGUGACUUUUGUACGAGCAAUGUUUCAGAUUUUAAUCCUUCGACUAAUGAUACCACGUCGACGUCGGAAACUUCUUCGGUAAAUACUCGACCGGAUAGGAAUGCUAAAAUUCAACCUUAUGUUGAUUUUUCAGAAUUCUUUGAAAAUGUUGAGAGGCGCAGAAAAAAUGGGACGCUUCCUAAAGAUAUUGAUUUUGGAUAA